CAGAUUUGCCUUGCAGACGCUGAUGAUGUCAGGGACUCGUCUUUUUUCAAAGACCAGGAAGUAUAAAACUUAAUUUCACUUUCAUUCUUUUCGCAAAAUAUGUGAAUCAAACAAGAUCAUUUCUCCUUGUUAAAAGAUGUCAGAUGUCAAAUCUCCGGAGUCUCUGGAUCAAUUUACCUGCUCGGUGUGUCUGGAGACCCUCAGCAAUCCGGUCACAACACCGUGCGGGCACAACUACUGCAUGAGCUGCAUUGAGCUCUGCUGGGACAAGACGGGAGAAUGCCGCUGCCCUCAAUGCCGACAAGUCUUUGCGCCAAGACCUGCUCUUCAUAAAAACACUCUGCUGGCACAAGUCAUUGAGAAUUCAAAGCAGGAGGAAUCGAGUGACCCCCAGAUCUGCGGGGUACCAGGAGACGUGAAGUGUGACGUGUGUAAUGGGCGAAAGCGCAAAGCCGUGCAGACGUGCCUCACCUGUCUGGCCUCGUAUUGCGAAACGCACAUCAGACAUCACCGGGAGUCUGAGGCGCUGAAGAAACACAAACUGGACGAGCCGACCGGCAACCUAAAACAGAGACUGUGCGUGGAGCACAACACGGCGGUAGAGCUGUACUGCCGGACCGACCAGAAGUGCGUGUGCCUGUUGUGUGCAGCCGUCAGACACAAGGAGCACGAGCUGGUGGAGCUGGAGACCGAGAGAGGGGAGAAACAGUCUCAGGUGGGGGAGUCACUGAGGAAAGUAAGGGCGAGAAUUUGUGAAAAGAAAAGUAAAGUCACGGAGAUGAAGGAGACCGUGGUGCAGCUCAAGAGCUUUGCAGAGAGAGAAGAGCAGAAAAAUGAUGAGACCUUCGUUUCUCUGCUUCAAUCCAUUGAGAGGCUGAGGUCUGAGGUGACCGAGGUGAUCAGAGACCACGAGCAGAGGGAGGUGAUGAAGGCUGAAAAGGUCAUAAAGCAACUGGAGGAGGAGAUUGAGGAGCUGGUGAGGAGAGACACUGAACUGGUCGAGCUCUCUGAGAAGGACGACCACAUUCACUUCCUGCAGAAGUUCCAGCCUGUCAUCGUCCAUCCUGAAGAUGAUGUUGAACCCAACUUCACGGUCAACAGAAAUUUGCUUCCAGAAACAUUAUGGGGGGAACUGUCAGAGUUAAAGAAGAACCUGGAAGAAAGCAGUGGCUGGGAGUUUUUGAAAUCUAAAGGUGAUGAAGAUCCAGUUUAUUUUCUACAGAAUUUGACAAAAAGAAAUCAUCUUUUAAAAUAUUCUUAUCCCCUCACACUUGACCCCAACACGCUGAACGAGGGGCUGCAUCUGACUGAAACGAACAGGACAGUAGCUUCAGGAGGACAAUUCUCAUAUCCUGAUCACCCUGACAGGUUUGACUGUUGGCUCCAACUUCUGGGCAGUGAGGCCCUGUUUAACACCCGGUGCUACUGGGAGGUGGAGUGGAGCGGUGAUUGCAUUUUCAUCGGAGUCGCAUACGCAGGAAUCUGCAGGAAAGGAUGGAGUGUUGAUUGUCUUAUUGGACGCAAUGACAGAUCCUGGAGUGUCUGCUGCACUCAUUCCAGCUACUCUGCAUGGCAUAAUAACAAGAUGACUGAGAUAAGAGAGCAGCGGUCCCCCAGAAUUGGUGUGUUUUUGGACUAUCCUGCAGGCUCUCUCUCAUUUUUUAGUAUCUCAGAUACAAUGACUCUUCUGCACAGGUUCAAGGCCACCUUCACUCAGCCACUGUAUCCAGCUUUUUAUGUUCUCGGCAGAGUAUCAAUCAGCCCACUAAACCUGUCUAACCGGUGACUUCUACCCGCAUCUGGUCAUCUCAGUUCUGUCUCAUUUGUUCAAUUAGGGGUAAACAGGCAUUUAGAUAAAGUUCAAAGGCCUACAUGCUGGCAGAGCGGAAUUGGAACUGAAUUUGUAUCUGCAAACGGGAGGAAGAAAGCUAAAUCCUGCGGUCAUCAGUACCAUUUUUCUGGUAAUCCUUUUUAUCGAGUCCCUUUAAAUUGGGCUAAUUUUGCUGCUUUUUAUGCAAUCCUCUGUGGCUGUUCCCUUUCAAAAAUGUUUGUUUCAUGGAUCACAAUGGUAAUGAAAGUAGACAUAUGGCCUGCAGGUUGCAGUCCCUCCACACACACUAGAGUCCAGGCUUUGAGUUCAUUUAAAAGAAAGAGAGUGUCGUGACCAGGGACACUCAGACAAGUUCAUUCUUGGCAUCUGAUUAUGCCACUCAUACUGCGCCACCUUCUGGGAACUUAUUUUUGGUUAAUGUAGCUUCAGUUUACUGCCAACUACACACAGUACAGCAAAAUUCUAUGUGCAACACAGUAAGCAAGUAUCUCAUCUCAUCUUCUCAGCUACUUUUCCUAGUGAGGGUUUUGGUGGCAGCAGGCCAAGCAGGUCAGCCCAGACUUCCCCGUCCCCAGCUACAGAUUCCAGCUUUUUACUGUGGAAUUCCCAGGCAUUUCCAAGCCAACUGAGAGAUGUAAUGCCUUCAGUGUCUGUAGCAGGGUUCUCUGCGCUGUGAGACUUGACCAGAGCAACCUGGGGGCAUCCUUACGACAUGCCCAGACCACCUCAUCUAGCUGUUCUUGAUCCAGAGGUGCAGCGACUCUACUCUGAGCUUCUCAUGAAUUGCUGAGCUUCUACUCUGAGCUUCUCAUGAAUCACUGAGCUUCUCACUCAAUCACAGAGUGUCAGCCAAGCCACCCUGUGGAGAAACCUCAUUUCUGCCGCUUGAACUUGUGGUUUCAUUCUUUGGUCAUUACAUACAAUUCAUGACAGGGAUGUAGAUUGACCAGAGAGUUUUGUCUUUAAAGUCCGCUACUGCUUCAACACCACGGAUCGGUAAAGUGCCUAGUCAAAUAUGGACCUUACCAUGAAACCAAUUUUUUAGUAGGCAAGUUUAUUAAAUUACAGCAGCUUCAUCAGUGUUUCGCCAAUCACAUACUAGGAUAGUUUUGGAAGUACUAGCUACCCCUUUCCACUUUCUACUGCAUUUUGUUCACAAGUGUUUUCAGUCGCAGUUUUGACAACAUGGUGAGGUCACCUUUGAAUCCCUGCUUUAUCCACCAAAAAAGCAUUCAAAGAUUUGACUGGAUAUUUUAAAAGAGGUGCGGGACCAACUGGCGUCCCUGCUGGGAUGGAUCCUGUUCACUCACCUGGCCAGUAAGCCGAGGGAGCGUAAGGUCACCUGGGAAGCAACGAUAUUCCCCUGCCAUGACGUCUACUUGACCACUAUGGUUAAAACCCACAGUCUGUGAUAAGUGAUAAGAACAGGUGAAGAUAUUAAUAACCAGACAGUUCGUCUGGUAGUUGCCCAUAUCUGAAAAGAAUUUUAUGAAUAUGUAAUUUUGUUAAAGUUUAUAAUGAUGAGGAUCCAGCACAACGUCUCACUAUGCUGCCAACAUUCCUUACUGGAUGGGACAUCUGAUUGUCAGCAUUCUCCCACUUGGCUGUGAUCUCCCUUGGCUUCUCUCCGGCUCGAAUAUGUAUGUACAGUAUAUAUGAUUAUGCACUGUAUUCUGGGAAUGAAUGUUAUCUUUUAAAGCAAGUUAAAUACAUCUAUCUCUUUUGGUACCAUA